AUGAGAAGGGUUGAAGAAAAUGGCCAUGCAAGUUCACUGCAGUUAGCUAAAGGAGUAGAAAACCUAACUGGGGUGAUUGUUUCCCGUGACACAAUACAGCAUACACUGCAGAGGAAUGGCAUGCAUGGGUGUCAUCCACGAAGGAAUCCUCUCCUAAAGCCCAUGCACAAAAAAGCCCUUCUAGAAUUUGCCAGGGCCCAUGCUGAAAAAGAAAAAGACUACUGGGACUCUGUACUCUGGAGUGAUGAGACCAAGAUAAAUGGUUUUGGAACUGAUGGCUUCAAAACUGUAUGGCAUUGCAAAGGUGAGGAGUACAAAGGAAAAUGCAUGGUGCCUACAGUGAAACAUGGCGUUGGCAGUGUCCUUCUGUGGGACUGCAUGAGUGCUGCUGGUGUCUGGGAGCUGCAUUUUAUUGAUGGUAUAAUGAAUUCACAGAUGCACUGCUUUAUAUUGAAAGAUAAGAUGCCACCAUCACUCUGUACCCUUGGUCUUCGUGCAGUUUUCCAACAUGACAAUGAUCCAAAGCACACAUCUAAGGCCACUGUUGCAAUUCUGAACAAGAACAGGGUGAAAGUGAUUCAGUGGCUAAGUAUGUCUCUUGAUCUGAACCCAAUCGAACAACUAUGGGGAAUUCUGAAGAGACAAGUUAAGCAUCACUCUCCACCCAGGAUCCAGGCUCUAAAAGAGGUCGUUCUUGAAGAAUGGAAAAAAGAUAGAUGUUGCAAAGUGUCGCCAACUUGCUCAUUCCACUUGGUGCUGUCCUUACAAAUCAUGGAGGUCAUACAAAAUACUAGAUGUAGUAGUUUUUUUGUGGGGUGUAUUAAUUUUUGCAUCAACUAGUUUGA